AUGUCUUUGAGUGGUCGACAGCGUGGCUGUAAUUGCAAAAAGUCAAAUUGCCAGAAGCUUUACUGUGAGUGUUUUGCAGGUGGUGGCCGAUGUAUUGAACGUUGUCAGUGUUUGGGCUGCAAAAACCAAGGACAUGAUUACGAUGAAACUGUACAGACCAUUCGAAUUACUAAGAAGCGUAAGCAGACAAAGUCAUGUCCAAAUUUUCGUGUGUCUGAGCCAGAAACUGAAAUGGAGUUAAGAAAUCACACUUCCAUGACCAUUUUAGCAAGCUCUAUAGAGCCGCAAGCUACUAACAACAUGGCGAGCAAUAUUUCAAAGCCUGUUUUUGUCUCUGAAGCUGAUAUUUCUAACGACAACGAGUGCCAAGUGUCAGCUCCGCCGGAGAGGACUAAAGGAUGUAAUUGCAAGAAGUCUAGUUGUUUGAAAUUAUAUUGCGAAUGUUUAGCCGCUCAGAGAAUGUGUGAUCAUCUUUGUUAUUGUGAAGAGUGCAAGAAUCGAGCCGAUAAUUUAUCUGAACGAGAGCGAGCAAUUGCUACGAUUAUAGAGAGAAAUCCAUUAGCAUUUCACCCUAAAGUUGCAAAUGGAUCACAACAUCGUCGAGGAUGCAAUUGCCGUAAGAGUGGCUGCAUCAAGAAUUACUGUGAAUGUUAUCAAGCUGGAGUUACUUGUACGUCACGUUGUGCGUGUUAUCAGUGUCGUAAUACACGCGAAACAUUUGAAUCUGCCAAGAAAAUGCUCGAAUUUGCAGGCGUCCAUAUCGACACAAGCGAUCUACGAGUUACUGCUUUGCCAUCACAACGCAAACUUGCUAAACGAACUAUUCAAAAGAGUGCGAAGAAUAAUAAUUUAUUUAAUCGAGAGCUCACGCCAACUAAUGCCUCGACACAAAGGCCAGCAGCGUUAGAACUUUUGUCAAGAAGUGCUCCAGUAGCAUCCACAAAGUCGCAAAAUUGUGUAAAUUCGACCAUUGAUGACGUUCAUCUCAGAACGCCAUUUAAACGAUCAUUUGAUCAAACGAAUCAUUUUUGCACGGCAGACGAAGGCAUUGUGACUCCAACAUAUUCCAAGAGAAAAUAUAUAAGGCAAAGCUUGACCAAGUUGCCAUUUAUGGAGCGAGUUCAAGACAUCGUCACCUCAUCAUUUUCUUCGCGAAGUGUGAAAGAUACAAAUGCGUACGAUGAAGAAAAGUCCGAUAAUUCUGAGGUAUCAGGUAUCCAGCGAUCAUUCCCUCAAAAUGAAGCGGUAGUAAAUUCCUUACAGGAAGACAAGGCUAUUAAAACAGAUCAAUUAUCUGUCACCCAAAACUCAGAGGCACAUGAUAAUCAACAUAGUCCUGAUUUCAAGGAAGAUCGAGAAGCAUUGUCUCCGACAGCUGCUAAUUUGUUUUGCGAGGAAAGUUAUGAUGAGGCUUCUGCUGCUGAAUCUAUAGAGUUGGCUUCAGCAUCGAGGUACAUCGAGACAAACCCAACAACUUGUGAGAAUCAUGAUGAUCACGUAGAUCGAGACAUUAAAAGCCAAACAGAAUCUAAUGGCGUUCAAGAGCGUGCCGUACUUCACGAGUAUUACGUGUGGCUUCGAAAUAUGGUGCAAAAGAAUUUCUAUCUCAAACAGUAG